UAAAGCUCUGACUGCUGUAUUUUCACUUCCGUCUAUCGUCCCACCGCUUCAAAUUUCCCGAGAGCAGAUUUCGGUGUGGCAGUUGGUGACAAGCCUAGGAGGAGAGGUGUGGACGAGCCGCCCGAGGACAGAGAGAAACCCGCCGGUUUUCAUCGCGUAUCAAACAAAAGGUCUACCUGAUGUCUACCAAGAACUGCCUCCCUUUUCACUUUGUUGGUAUUUGUAAGAAUGCUUUCUACUUUAAAGGGACUGGAGAAGAUGAAGAUCUGGAUGAAGACGGUCUCCAAAAGUCCAAAGCACCAUGCAAGUUCUACUGGAUCCAAAGCCAGUGCAGCAAAUUCCUGAUUUAUGAUGAGGACAAAUUUGAAGCACAACCCUUAAGUAUAUACGGGCAACGUCAGUCUGAGUGCAAGUUCUGCAUCCAGAUUUAUAGCUUUGUCCCUAAAACAGUGGACGAGAAAAAAGAUGAGAAGGGCACUACAGUUGUGCUAUACACCAAGGCAGAUGGCAAGAUGAUGGUGGCAUGCUGCAGUGAGAAUGAGAUCAAGCCUGUGGAAAUGAAUCUUCCAGAUGAAAUUGAGGAAGAUCAACACAAGGUGGUGUUCUUAUUGAAGAAAAUCCCCUCAGACUCUAACACAUUCAUGUUUGAGUCCUAUGAAAACAAGGGAAAAUUCCUAGCAUUUGAGCCUGAGUAUGAUUCCAGUUUUGAGAAACUGGUCCUGCGUAGUAAAGUUGAUGAAGUGGAUGUAGGUUGCGAGUGGCAGCUUUCGACUUGCAGUGACUAAUGUGAUUGACUGAUUGAAAACAUCUGUUUUUACAUCACCCUGUUUGUUUCAUUAAGGAUAAAUUGUUUUUCCUGUUUCAUAAUUCAGCAUCAACCUGCUGCCGUUACUACUACUAUACAAAACACAACUAGGACGACACAGAAAAGAUCUUUUGUGUAGUCAGCAGAGUUCAGCAGUUUAGUAUUUGAGAGAAACUGGAGAUUUGAGUCAAAGAGAUUAUUUUCCUUCAUUUAGUAAUUUCAAAUAUAAAACAUGAACUACAACUUGCUUCAACAAGAACACAUACAUUACUUUAAUUGAUCAAACCAGUGAAAUCCUGAUUAAAUAAACUAAAUUAGGUAACCUUUUGUUCUGACCAGUCACACUAUUUCACCGUCUGGCAGUUUAUCUUUUGUGAAACAAGGGGUGUUCCAAACUUUACUGUUAUUCUUUUUAGAUGUGAUUGCAACUUUAAAAUGCUUGAGUAUGUUUUUACAGUUUUAUCAUGUUUAAAUUUGCAACAGUGCAUAUUUAAACAUGAAAGAUUUCUAUUGUGACUUUUUGAAGCAUUCCCACUGCUGCAUGGGCCAUAAUUCACCCAUGUACACAUGUACAGAAUUGAUUUUUUAAAAACUACACCUGUUAUUUGAAUAAUAGCUAUUUUUAAACAUUUUGUACCUUUUUUACUCUUCUGUCAUAGUACACAUUGUGUAUAUUUUUAGGUCAUAAAAUGUGAAAAUAUGAAAAUGUCUAUAAAUCCAACUUUAUUCCAGCAUGGCAGGAACAGUGCACUUUUCUUGCCAUAUCUCAUUUUGUGCGUAUAAUCUGAAACAUAAAUUGAACAGACAUUACAAAUUGACAAUGAGUAAACAGACCAACACCAAACUUUUAAGCUCUUAUAACAUUUACUGCAUGAGCAUUGUGACAAUAGACUGAAUCCACAAAUCAGAUCUUACAGCUAUAAACUGUAACGCUCAGUCAAGCAGUACAAAUGUGACGCUUUUUGUCAUUUUUAAAUAGCUACAUGCAAGGACUGUGUGCGUAUACCAGAUGUAAAUGUUCCAAGAUUACAUGAUAACGUGAAGUUUUGAUUAGCCUGCCAGCAAGUUCAAUGAAUAAAUGAACAUGAGAGCUGUAUUUGCAGCUGUUAAUUUUAGCCCCAUUGCCAUUCUGCUGGACAUGCACCAGUAGGUUGAGUGUUGCUGGAUGGCUUGAAUUGAUGAUGUAAUUCGGAUCUUGCCUCCCUUACCUUUAAAGAAGGCUGUUGAAAAUAUGAAGAGAGCAUGUAAGUGUCCUCCUAAAAGUCUUAAGUUAUUGUAUGUUCAACACAGUAUAUAUUUGUCUGGUCCUUUUUGUAUUACAUGAUGUAAAUUAAACGGUGUUGCCAACAAGAA